GUGUGUGUGAAGCUCUCUCUCCUUAGAAACCCUUGUGUGUGUAUGACUUACUAUUACUCUUGUGUCUUUCUAAACAUUCUCAACAAAAACAAUCAACUGCUUCCAAUCAACAUAGGCGGUAGUUAGUUUACACACAAGAUUAAAAAGAAACAAACCAAAGAAACUGGCAAAGUGUCACCAACUCAGUGUGGAACAGUGAACAGGAAGGGCAAGCAGAACCAAAGGCACCAGUUUUACACACACCCACAAAAGCAAGCCACCACUAUGUAACAGUGGUAGAAAUGUUGGAAGAAUGAGCUGGAAGAAGCGUGUGAGGAACGACAUUGGCAUGCGAUGGCAGCAGUUGUGCAGAGAGACCCACUUGAGCUUCAGGGUCACGCUUUUGCAGAGGAGGGGAAGGGAGGGGGUGGGAGGACAGGCUGCAACAUUAGGGAAUGAUAAAUGAGGCUCACAUGGCCAUGGAAGCUGAAGCUGCAGUAAGUUUCGAGCCCAUGGGCACCAUAUCACGCUUUGUGCAUGCCACGGAAUGUUGCAGACGAGGAAGAAAGUGAUGAGGACAUGAUGUGAGGAUCACGGCAGUGGCGUGAGAUUAGUAGUUGGGGUAGCCACCGAGCAGCGGCGUUGUGACGAGGUCGCAUUGAAGGGGAGGGGAGGGGUGGGGAGGAGAGAUGAGGAAGUGCAGCAGCCAGGCGUUUUCUCAGUGACCGUCCUUCAAUUUUCCUUCAAAUUGCUGCUUGUAAUUCUUUUGAAAAGUUUGUGUACUGUUUGUUGCUUUAUGGUUUUCUGGGUUUUGUCUGAAGAUACGUCGUGCUUUUACGUGGACGUAAUGAGGGACAAGUUGGGUAGCUUGCAGGUCAGUAUUGGAACAUUCGGAUGGCCUUUCGACGUGUGCAUGGGAGUCACCUUGACGUUGAGGUUUGAGUUUCAUGGCAGCGCCAUGUGAGGCCGUUCCAUAGCCUGCUGGCAUUGCGAGUUAGUGGAUUUGGAGAGGUUAAUCGUCGAUGUCAGUGGUGCCGUGAUCUGGAUGGUGUUCGUGGGAUAUUGAGAAGCUGGAAGCCAUAUCCGAAUUGAAGAGGAUUUUUAUUUUACACGUGAGUUUGGUGAUAUGGUAUUUCUCGAGGAUCGGGUUUCAUUAGAUCUCGGAUACGUUCGGGGAGUUUCGUUUCCUUAAGACGGGCACAGCGUUCGAACUCAGAAUUGGUUGACCAGACUUUUCUGAAUACAUCUCUCAUGAAGGGUUAUUUUGCAGUUAGAUAUUGAGAUCUUGAUUCGAUAUACUGGGUGCUGGAGUGUGACGGAGGAUGUCAAAAAUUGGCAGAGAAGUCGGGUCGAAGACGAUGGGUCAGGCAGAGGAAAAUCAAGUUUGGCUACUUGGCUGCAAUGUGACCGCUAAACCGAAAUGGAUGCAGCUUCUCAUUUGCGGAGGUAGCUUUUUUUCGGCUACAUGAUCAAUGGAGUUUGUGAGCUAUGGCUGGUAUUUUACAUUUGUUCAAAGCUUUGUCUACUUGAUACUUAUUUCUUCAUACGGCUUCCGACCUAAGCAUAUUGUCAAUCCCUGGAAGACCUACAUAAAGCUGUCAGCUGUUUUGAUGGGCUCUCAAGGGCUCACGAAGGGUUCUCUGAUGUUCCUAAACUAUCCUGCACAGAUCUUGUUCAAAUUCACGAAGGUCUUGCCAGUGAUGGUGAUGGGCGCAUUUGUACCUGGGUUGAAACGUCGUUACACCGUACUAGAGUACAUUUCUGCGAUUUUACUCGUUUUGGGGCUUGUGACUUUUACACUUCCAGAUGCCCAAACCUCUCCUAACUUCAGCCUCAUGGGCGUGAUGAUGGUUGUAGGACCACUGGUUCUGGACGCCUUUGUCGGAAACUUACAAGAAGUUAUCUUCACUCUUAAUCCCACCACCACUCAGACAAGACUUGAGACACCACUCUUAUCUAGAAAUGAAUUUACUUUUUCCGCCGAUUCUUCUGAGGGACGAGAUUUUGAGGAGCUGCUUUUAGGUCAGACAGCUUUCUUGCUGCAACUCCCAACAAAUUUGAGUCUUUUUAUGGCAUCUUGUGAACUUAAGGGUGGGUCAAGCAGAGGUUCUAUGACAUUUCAGGGAAGUCUAGACUCUACUUGAUUGUUUUCGUCCCCAGGGUACAUUUGUCUUGUUUAAAACAUUCCUUUGAUCUAAUAAGCGAUACGGCUUGUCGAAACAAGCCAAUGGGCAUUUAGCGAC